GGGAAAGGUUUUGUUUACAUUCGAGUUCUCGGAGAGACGAGAAUCCCCGCGCCCGUCGUCUUAUUUUCUAAUUUUUUGUGUUUUUCGGCCAUGGCUGACUUGGAAGAUGAUAUUAUCGAAGGUUCUGACGAGGAGGGAGAAGCCAUGACAGCCGCGGAGGUGCUGCAGAGGCUGGAAGAGGCCUGGAUGACGGAGCGCAUGUCCCCCACCCUGGAGAGCCAUCAGAGCGAGUUGGUCGACUGCAUGCUGGACCAGAUCAACCAGAUGACGGAGAACCUCAAGCGCUGCAAGAAACACGACUUUAGACUCGCCAUUCAUAAAAUGGAGAUUGACCGUAUCCGAUACAUGAUAAGCAGCUACCUCCGAACAAGACUGGAGAAAAUUGAGAAAUUCACGCACUACCUGCUAGAGAAGGAAGGUCGGGUCACGGACGAGAGCUUGGCCACUCUCUCCCCGGCUGAGGUCAACUAUGCCAAGGAGUACGCCUCAACCCUGGAGUCCCACUUCCAAACCCUGAUCCUUCAGCACGUCCCCGAGAACCUGCGGGCCUUUGAUCCCAACAAGAUGAGCGUCAAGCCCAACCUCGAUAGCUAUGUGUUUCUCAAGGUGAAGGAGACCACUCCAGGCGUGCUAAUCGAGGACGACACGGGGGAAGGAAGCAUGGCAAUGAAGGCCUUUUUCGGAAUCCUCUCAUGGAAUCCCAAAAAGCAGCUCUGGGCCACAAGGGCUGGUUCCAGGGGGGGGGGGGG